GCAACACUAUCUACUUUCAUUCAGUAUUUCAAUCUCUAAGAAUGGCACAUAAUGUGCCCCAUCUACGCGUAGCUCAAUCUUAUCAUGGUAACGAAAGUAGAGAAGCUAAGGUGUUCCGUGAGCUAGUAAUGGAAGACAAAUGGAACGAGGUAAUUGAAAAAUACCAAGUAGAUACAAAGUUUCACAAGAUAAUAAUCAUGGGACGAGGAACCGCAUUACACGUGGCAAUAAGCAAUGGGUUCAAAAACGUAGUGAAAUGUCUCGUAGCAGCAAUAGAAAGGCUUGAGGAUGAAAGUAGUUUGAGAUUGAUGAAUGAAAUAGGGGCUACUCCUCUUCACCUUGCAGCAUAUAGAGGGUUCACAGAUGUGUGUGAAGUUAUAAUUGGAAAAAACGGUGAAAGGAAAUAUUUGAUUCAAGAGAAGAAUGCUGAUGGAGAAACACCACUUUUUUGGGCUGUGCGUGCAGGCAAAAGAUUGGUGUUUGUUUACCUACAACAGUUUUUUCCAUAUGAUAUCAACGCUGCUUUAAAUAACAAUGAUACUAGCAUCCUUCAUGUUGCCAUUGGAGGAGAAAUGUUUGAUUUGGCAACUAUAAUAAUGUAUUGCUAUGAAAGUCUUGGCUCUAUAAAGGAUAAAAAUGACAUCACUCCUCUCGAAAUUCUUGCUACUAGGAAGUCAGCCUUCAAAAGUGCAAGUAGGCUAUCUUGGUGGAAGCAAAUGUUAUACUACUGUUUUUCUAUAAGCCUCCAGGACGCAAAGACUACAAUGGAGUUGUAUCAAAAGAAGGCUAUAUCUAACAGAGAUUUAAAGAAUGAAAUAGAUGAUUAUAGUGAAGUAUCAAUAUCUGUAUACAAUGCUCACGAAUUAGAAAAGGCAUACAAUGUACAACAUACUAUUGCUCAACUUGAUUUUUUUAGUUGUGUUAAGACUUUAUGUAACCGCAUUCAAAAUUUUGUAUUCAGAUGGCCAAUCCUAUCACUAUUUGUGCCCAAAUCAACUAAAAAGUAA